AUGGCUAAUACAAAACAGCCAGAAUUAAAAGAACCAGGUCCAUCGGACAAUCAAUUAAUUGAUUAUAAAAAAUCAAAUAAAACUGAACAAUUAACAACUGCUUAUGGUCGUCCAGUUGGUGAACGUUCGACAGUUAUAACAGUUGGCCCACGAGGACCAUUAUUACUUUCGGAUUUUCCUUAUAUUGAAGAUACGCAAAAAUUUGAUCGUGAACGAAUUCCUGAACGUGUUGUUCAUGCGAAAGGUGGUGGUGCUUUCGGUGUAUUCGAAGCAACCGAUGACAUAUCAGAUAUUUGCAAAGCCAAGGUAUUCAAGACGGGUACAAAAACACGUGUUUUGGCACGUUUUUCUACAGUUGCUGGUGAAAGUGGUUCAGCUGAUACAGUACGUGAUCCACGUGGUUUUGCAAUUAAAAUGUAUACUGACGAAGGUAUUUGGGAUUUAGUUGCUAAUAAUACUCCAAUAUUUUUUAUUCGUGAUCCAUUUUUAUUUCAAAUGUUUAUUCAUUCACAAAAACGUAAUCCUCAAACACAUUUAAAAGAUCCGAAUAUGGUUUGGGAUUUUUUUGCUAGCAAUCCACAAGCAACACAUCAAUUUCUCUUUCUUUAUUCUGAUCGUGGUGUACCUGAUGGAUUUCGUUUUAUGCAUGGUUAUGGUUCACAUACAUUUAAAAUGGUUAAUGAUAAAGAUGAAUUUGUUUGGGUUAAAUUUCAUUUUCGAUCUGAUCAAGGCAUUAAAAAUAUUGAACCGGAACGAGCAAAAAUCUUAGCUGGUGAACAACCCGAUUACGCUAUAGCAGAUCUUUAUAAUGCAAUUGCUAAAAAAGAUUAUCCAAGUUGGACACUUUAUCUUCAAGUUGCAACACAUGAACAAGUACAAAAAAUGCCAUUCAAUCCAUUCGAUUUAACAAAAGUAUUUUCACAAAAAGAAUUUCCUUUACGUCGUGUUGGUAAAAUGACAUUAAAUGAAAAUUCAGAAAAUUAUUUUGCCCAAAUUGAACAAGCUGCUUUUUCACCAGCACAUAUGCCACCAGGUAUUGAAGCAUCACCAGAUAAAAUGUUACAAGGUCGUCUUUUUUCAUAUGGUGAUACACAUCUUCAUCGUCUUGGAACAAAUUAUCUUCUUCUUCCAGUAAAUAAUCCUGAAACGAAUAAAAGUGUUAAAGUUUGUACAUAUCAACGUGAUGGUGCAAUGCAAGUUGGACAUAAUCAUUCUGGUUGUCCAAAUUAUUAUCGAAAUACAUUUCAUGGGCCUGAAGUUAUGAAACCUGAAAAAUAUCUUGAACAUGCCACAUUUGAAUCAGGUAUGGCUGCAAGACAUGAAGCAAAUGACGAUGAUAAUUAUUCGCAACCAAGAGUUUUCUAUCAAAAAGUAUUAGAUGAUCGUGGUCGUGCUCAUUUAAUACAAAAUAUAGUUGAACAUUUACAACAAUGCACAGAUAAAGAUAUAAUACGUCGUUCAGUAGCUGUUUUAGCAAAUGUUGAUAAUGAUUUUGGUAAACAAUUAGCUACAAAACUUAAUGUUGAUUUAUCAAAAAAACAACGUUCAUUGUUGGCGGCUAAUGAUAUUGCAAAUUCUGUGACAGAAUGUAGCAGUACACCACAUAAACGUCGUCGACAAACAAAUCAAGCUCUGGAAGCAUUAGGUCAACUUAUCAAAGACCCUACUAUUGAUGAUGUUGACAAUAAAUUAAAUAAAAAUGACAUACUUAGUUUAACACUGGCUCGCAUUCUUAGGCAAAAAUAUUGGCCUUCUAAUGUACCUAAUAGAAAUGUUGAAUUAGCAUCUGGUAUUGAAACUUUUUCUAUAGAAGAUGACCUUAAUGGUUUCAUUAUUGUAUUAAAUACAACCGGUCGAAUAAUCUUAAUGAGUGAUAAUGUUGAAACUUAUUUACGUAAAAAUGUUCGUUCACUUUACCCUCAGAUGACAAACAUUUAUAAUUGUGUAAGUGAAGAGGAUCAUGAAUCUAUUCGUAAAGUUCUUUCAACAUCAACAACUAUUGAACAACAAAUUAUUUGUACAUGGAAUUUACUACGUGGAAAACGACCUAGUCGAAAUCAUACUGAAACAAAAACAAUGUUAAUGACAGGUCGUUUCUUUUUUAUCAAUAAUGAGGAGAACGAAGAGCAGCAUGAACCAUUGUUUAUUGCACGAUGUGAACAAAUUCUUUCAAGUACACCAAAUAUUCCAACAAAUAGUAUUGGUUCAACAAGUUCAAAAAUACUUCGAUUCGUACUUACUGAUCAAUUAUAUAUUAGUGAAAUAUCACCCAAUACUGAAUCAUUAUUGGGCUAUAAAGCAGGAGACAUAAUUGAUCAAUCAAUCAAUCGUUUUUUACCUGCUGAACAUAUAAAUAUUUUCGAACAAACACGACAGAAUUGCAUCUUAGGUCAACAUUAUACAAUGAUGAAUGUACUUGAUUUAUAUACUUGCAAUGGUGAUCGUCUUACUUUUCUUUGCAAUACUCAUAUGUUAGUUGAAGGUCGACGAAAAGCAAUGAAGCUUGGCUUUUUGGCACAACUAAUUGAUCCAUUGGCUCAAAAUGAAUUUGAUCAAUAUGCAAGAAAACAAAAUUUUGAACGAUUAAAAACUACUACACAACAAGAAUCAACAUUGGUGUCGAAUAUAAAUUUAAAUAAUUUAGCAACAGCAAAUAUUUUAUCAUCUAUAAAUGAACAAUGUAUAAAUUUAAAUGAAAUUUCAACAGUUUAUCCAGUAGAAAUAUUACCACAACGACGAAAACGUCGUCGAACAAAUUAUCAAGUUAUGAAAAGGGAACCAAUUGAAAUUGUUGAUCAAACUCAACAACCUCCUCAAUUAAAUAAUGAUUUCAAUGAAUCACAUACAAAUUCAUCAGAUAGUUCACCAUCAUCAUUAUCACCAAUACAGGAAAUUGGUUGGAUAAAUGAAUUAUUUCCUUUUUUUAAUAAUAUAACUGAAUUCGAGAAACUCAAAUCAUUUAAUGAUUUUCCAUCAAUUGAUGACAUUAAUGAUGUAUUUGGUGUAAACAAUGAUUCAUACAAUUGUUUAUUAACUCCAACAAUGUCAUCAUUAAACUUUGUUUUUUAG